UCGUAUUGAAGCGCGAUGAGUACAAGACAAGAAAAUAAGUGAAUCUGUUUCUGAGUUAUUAAUUUUUAAUUCAGUUGCAACAAAACACGGAAACGAACGGUCGUGUCGCGACCACAGAUUAUUUAUUAAAGUUUUUUUUAUUAUAAAAAAUUUAAAUGAGUCGUGUUUGUGUUUAAAAAGUGUAUCAUUAAGUUUUAAAACGAAACGUCCUAACGACAAACCAAGAUGAUAAUCCCUCUGCUGUCAAUCCUCGCAAUGACGAUGGCGUACCCCCAGACGACCUUGGAUCCUGCGCUGCUAAACGAUAUCUUUGGAACACCGCCAUCGCCGACACGGUCACCCAAUCUACCACCGAGACUUGAAGAUAUAACCGUCCGUCCAACGCAAAGCGGUGCGGUCUUCACGAACAAAGAGGGCGAAGAAUGCCAAUGUGUGCCGUAUUACCUGUGCGAUGGAGAUCUUAAUGCCGUGCACAUCAACAACGCUAGCAUUCACGGCUUUGGCGUGUUAGAUAUUAGAUUUGGAGAGAAGGAUGAUUGCCAAGAGAGUGUGGAGCGCUGCUGCAAGAACCCCAUACCGGAACCCGCUCCAGAACCUGUCACCCCUGAUCCGACCACGCAGAAGGCCUGCGGUUAUCGUAACCCAAAUGGGCUGGACUUCGCUCUCACUGGUGGAAAUGGUAACGAGGCACUUUUCGGCGAGUUCCCGUGGGUGGUGGCGCUUUUGGAUGCAAGGAACUUGAGUUAUGUUGGUGUCGGUGUACUCAUCCACCCACAAGUCGUGAUGACUGGCGCCCAUGUUGCUUUUAAAUUCGCGCCUGGAACGUUGCUAGCGCGCGCCGGAGAAUGGGACACGCAGACUAAUAAGGAGAGACUCAAAUCUCAAGAACGUCUUGCACAGGAUAUCGUGAUCAAUCAAGAAUUCCACCCAAAGAGCCUCCGGAAUGACGUUAGUCUCCUACGUUUGGAACAGCCGUUCCAACUGACUGAACAUAUCAACACAUUAUGUCUCCCCAACGCUGAUGAGGACUUCGACAGCUACAAACGUUGUGUCGCCAACGGAUGGGGAAGAGAUUCUUUUGGUAAGAAGGGUCGUUACGCUGUUAUCCUCAAGAAGGUGGAAGUUGACAUGGUUCCAUUCCAGCGCUGCGGCGCUCUCCUCAAGCAGACUCGUCUAGGACCACGCUUUAAGCUACACGACAGCUUUGUGUGCGCUGGAGGGGAGGAGGGAAAAGAUACAUGUCAAGGUGAUGGUGGCGCUCCCCUCGCGUGUCCUGUCGGCAACAAUCGCUACAAGUUGGCUGGUCUGGUAGCGUGGGGUAUUGGCUGCGGGGAACGCGACGUGCCGGCGGUGUACGCCCGCGUCUCCAAGUUCCGAAAGUGGGUUGAUGAGGUCAUGGAAGCUUGGGGUUACCCCACGGAAGGAUAAAGUACUUGAAAAUUAAGAAAUAAAGUCGUAUAUAUUUA